GGGCUGUACCGCCCGGGCGAGGACGCCGUGUGGGUGCUGGACAGCGGCGGCGUGCGCGGGGCCACAGCCAACAGCUCGGCCGCGUGGCUCGUGCAGUUCUACUCCUCGUGGUGCGGCCACUGCAUCGGCUACGCGCCCACCUGGCGGGCCCUGGCCGGGGACGUGCGAGACUGGGCUGCUGCCAUCCGCGUGGCCGCUCUAGACUGCGCCGCGGAGAAGAACCACGAUGUGUGCCGGGCCUACGACAUCCGCCUCUACCCCACCUUCCGGUAUUUUAAGGCAUUUACAAAGGAGUUUACAAUUGGAGAAGAUUUUAAAGGAGCUAACCGAGAGCUGCCGACAGUGAGACAAAGCAUGAUCGACUUCCUGCAGAAUCACACGGAGGGAGGCCGGCCCCCUGCCUGCCCUGCUCUGGAGCCUAUUCUGCCCAGUGACAUUCUGUCUCUGUUUGACAACCGUGGUGGCCAUUACGUGGCUGUUAUAUUUGAAAGCAACAGCUCCUACGUUGGACGAGAGGUGAUUUUGGACUUGGUCCCCUAUGAGAACAUGGUGGUGAAGAGAACACUGGACUCGGAUCGAGCGUUUCUUGAGAAACUUGGCGUGACUUCAGUUCCUGCGUGCUACCUGAUUUAUCCAAACAGGACACGUGGCUUCGUUAACAUUGGGAAGCCUCUCCGGUCGUUUUUCUCUGCUUACUUGAAGUCACUGCCGGGCGUGAGGAAAAAAAUACUCUUGUCACCUGAGAAGCCAAGCAGAGAAGAGAAUGUCGGAACCACGGUCUGGAGGGAAUUUGAUAAGGCCCGGCUGUACACCGCGGACCUCGAGUCUGCGCUGCACUACCUCCUCCGGGUGGAGCUGGCUGCCCACAGGUCGCUGGCGGGGGCGGAGCUGAAGACCCUCAAGGACUUCAUCACACUUGUUGCCAAGCUGCUCCCCGGCCGGCCGCCCGUCAUGAAGCUCCUGGAGAUGCUGCAGGAGUGGCUAGCCAGCCUGCCCCUGGACAGGAUCCCCUACGAGGCUGUCCUCGACCUGGUCAACAACAAGAUGCGGAUUUCUGGACUAUUUCUCACCAGUCACGUCAAGUGGGUUGGAUGUCAAGGAAGCAGACCGGAGCUGAGGGGCUACCCGUGCGCCCUCUGGCAGUUGUUCCACACCCUGACGGUUCAGGCCGCGGCCCGUCCGGAAGCACUGGUCGACACGGGUUUCGAGGGCGCCCCCCAGGCGGUGCUGCAGACCCUGAGGAGGUACGUCCGCACCUUCUUUGGGUGCAGAGAAUGCGGGAAGCAUUUUGAGGAGAUGGCACAGGAGUCCCUGGACACGGUGAGGACCCCCGACCAGGCAGUGCUCUGGCUCUGGAGGAAACACAACGUCGUGAACAGCCGCCUGGCAGGCCUUCCGAGUGAGGACCCCAGGUUUCCCAAGGCCCCGUGGCCCACCCCGGAUCUCUGCCCGGCCUGCCACGAGGAAGUCAAGGGCCUGGACAGCUGGGACGAGGGCCAGGUGCUUGUCUUCCUGAAGCAGCACUACAGCCACGCCAACCUCCUGGACACGUACUCUGCAGACCCCGGGGGUCCCGAUGAGGAGGGGGAGAGAGGACACCCUGCCCCACAGAAGUCCCGCAGCAGCCAGCACCCCGGGAGUCUCCGUCCGCCGGAUGCACUGGGCUCCCAACCCCAACCGUCGGAGAACUGGGCCCACAGACCGGACGUCAGGGCCCAGAGCCCACGUGGAGCUGGGGCCCGCAUGGAGCCCGCCGCCGCAGUGCCCUUUCUGGGGGCCGGCUUCUCCAGCCUGGACAUGAGCCUCUGUGUCCUGCUCUACGUGGCCUCGUCCCUGUUCCUAAUGGUCAUGUGCUUCUUCUUCCGCGUGAGGUCCAAGCGCUGGAAGGUCAAGCACUACGCCCCCGGGGUGUAGGUGCUUGAGGCGCUGCCUACCUGCCUGCACAGCUUUGCUCACCGUCGGGGAUUUCACAGUGUCCACAGAGCGCCACUCAAGCACCUGCCGGCUCCUCCCUGGGUGGGACGUGGGGUGUUUUUGGUGGAGCGUGUGCACUCCGGGCUUCCUCAGUCUGCCCUUCCAGAUCUGUCACUGAAAGAGCCCUUCUGGUUCACACUUCUAGGUCAAAGGGCAGGAGGCCAGGCCCAAUGAACAGACGCCCCGCUCUUCUGUCUCAAGUUUACAAACAACACGUAGCAUUCCAAGGCCCCUC